AGAAUAAUAUAACUUUUCAGUGACGUACCAGAUCCGUACUAGAAUGGGGUCAACGUUUGCUAUUAUUUUGUCAGCAUCGGUUUUUGUACUGAUUGGCUACUAUUUGAACGUCCCUCUUCCAGAAAACAUUUCAGAAAGAUGGAAACUGAAGAUUAUUCUCGCUGGAUACAAACUGGCACAUCUAAUGACGCAGGUUGGCACGAGUGCUGGGUUUGAUAGCAGUUUGAACAUCACUAGGAUUACGUUUGGUACCAUGUUUGCUUGGACAUCUCAACCAGUGAGCCCAGAUGGAUUAGAGAUUUUUGACUCAGCCAUAGAAAACGUACCUGUCCGUGUGUACCGUCCAAAGGAUUUUAAAGAGAUGGAGAGACUAUUGCCCGUCCUGCUGUAUUACCAUGGUGGAGGAAUGAUUACAUUCUCACUCGAUACGUAUGAACAAGUUUUACGACAAAUGGCUAAGGAACUACAAGCCGUCAUUGUGUCUGUAGGGUACCGGCUGGCACCGGAACACAAAUUCCCGGCUGCAAUAGAUGACUGUUUCACAGUAACGGACCAUGUUCUGAAACACGCGUCUGUGUACGGAGGGGAUGAAACAAGAGUAGCAAUAGCUGGUGACAGUGCUGGAGGUAAUUUAGCGGCAGCAGUAUCCUGGCGUCUGGCAUACAACGCGCCUAUGACAGGCGGUAUUCCUGUUUUACCUAAAUUUCAAGUUCUCUUGUACCCCAUGCUACAAGCCUUUGACUUCCAGAUCUCUUCAUACGUUACUCAAAGCAACGAACUAGCGCCUAGUGGCGCUAUUGCGGGGGCAUGGUAUAUGUACUGCACGGGGAAAUUGACUCCGCCUGUUUCAGACCUGCUCGUCAAUAAUCACACAUCGCACGAGCAGAAGAAAUCAAAGUACGCAAAGUUCGUGGAUAGUAGCUUGGUUCAGCACCCGAAAUACAAGACAAAUACAGAAAAUCCACCAAGUAGUUUGUACAAUAAAGAACUUGCCAGCGAGGUUGAACAUUGUAUAAAAGACCCAUCAUUUGCUCCUCUAAUGGCGGAGAACUUAUCGAAAUUUCCAAUGACGUAUAUUUUAUCUGCUGAGUUUGAUAUCCUGAGAGAUGAAAGUUUUAUGUUUGAAGCCCGACUGAAAUCAGCUGGAGUAAACGUCACGUAUGAACAUUUAUUCGGUGCUUGGCACGGGGUGGUCUCAUACACGAGGACUUCCACAGGUCGGGAUGCACUUCAAAGAGUUAUUAGAUUUAUAAGAGAACGUUUAUGAAAACAUUUUUUUUUGUAUUGGUCAAUGAACUGGAAAACGGAAAUAAUUUUACUACAUAGUUUUAGUGUCUUAUACAUAUAUGUAUAGAUGUAAAUAGUUUGUGUAAUACAAUUAAUUUAUUUUAUGGUCCCAUGUCCCCAUGACUGGUAGAGCAAGCUAUUGUAGAGCAAGCUAUUGUAGAGCAAGUUAUUGUAGAGCAAGCUAUUGCAGAGCAAGUUAUUGUAGAGCAAGCUAUUGUAGAGCAAGCUAUUGUAGAGCAAAUUGUUGUAGAGCAAGCUAUUGUAGAGCAAGCUAUUGUAGAGCAAGUUAUUGCUUCAAAUCAGACAGAUAGAAUAUUUAUUAGUUCAAGAGAUACGGAUCAUAAACGCAUAAAGUUUAAAAUAAAUUAACAACUAGCAGUUAUCAUUUGGUAAUACGCAUUAGCUAUUUGAAUUUAACAUUAAAUGUAGGGCAUGUAGCGUUUGGUUUAUAGCAUUUAGCUUUAAGCAUUUGUCAAUUUAAGUAAUUGCCAUUUGCAUUGAAAUUUUGCCAAAUGCCAAAAAUCUAAUGCUAAAUGCUAAUUACUUCAUGUUAAUAUGCUAAAUGCCAAUUACUCAAUCCUUAAUGCUACAUGCCGAAUGCUUUAUGCCAUAUACUCAAUGCUAAAUGCCAAAAGCUAUUCCAAAUAGCUAAUGCUUAUUGCUAAAUGACAAAUGCUUAUGUUCUUGAACUUUAUGAACUGAUGAUCUAUCUCUUAACCUAAUGAAUGUAAUCUUUAAUUAUUUAAGACAUAUAAUAUUACACCUUACUUAUUGUCCCGUACUUGGUGUAGCUCUUGUUCUCAUUAAUUUUUCUGCAAAAGUAAUCGGACAUCAUCGUCAUCACAUCGAAAUAUAUUUCAACUGCAUCAUUAAUUCUUCCCGAAAAUAUUUGAUUUCUGUUGUUGUUGUUUGGGUCACAAGGUCAUUUAUCAGUUCUAGUGUUUUUGGGUUCAUUACCAGUAUUAACCAAUUUUCCAUAUGUAGCUGACAAUUUCGCCACGUGAAGCAGAGGUUUGUCUUCGUUUUAAUUUAGCAAAGCGGAAAAAUGUAUCAGACGGGUUAAAAAAAUAUAAAAUAAAAUUAUC